AAACCUUGGGCUGGCUGGGCCGAGAAAAACGCCUGGCGUCGCCUCGUCGUGCCCAGGGAGCCAACCCGCCGCCGCAGAAGCAGCCAAACCGCCGCCGCAGAAGUAGCCGGCGGCACCGACUCCUCUUCCUCCCAGCAGCUCCUCCCGCUUUCUGCGAUGGGCGUCGAGUCGGCGCAGCCAACCCCCGCCGCGGCGGCGGCCGAGCAGGCCCAGGAUCUCAUCGACGCCGCGAGGUACGACGAGCUGGAAGACGUGGUCACGCUCUUCUCCGCCGGAGUUCCCCUCGAUUCCGCAGAUUCGCAGGGCCGAACAGCUCUUCAUAUGUCUGCUGCCAAUGGGCAUCUUGCUGUGGUGGAAUACUUGAUUCAAAAUGGAGCGAACGUGAAUUGUACAAAUUUGGAGAAGAAUACGUCUCUGCACUGGGCAUGCCUCAAUGGACAUAUAGAGGUAAUCAAGGCGUUGAUAUGUGCUGGGGCUACUGUAAGUGCACUGAACAGCCAUGAGAAAACCCCUAUGGACGAAGCGGUGGCCCAUGGAAAGAUGGAAGUGAUCGACGCGAUCGGCGCAGCAGUAGCUCAAGCAGAGCUCAAUGGCGUCACCGUCUCCUAAACGGACUUUGAUAUCCUCUCGGUGAGCAAGGAUGACAUGCGACCCUGUACCGUGCUCAUCGGAAGUUUGCUCCGAUGUCUCUUCCUGUCUGUAUCGUUAGGAGAAAGUUGAGCCAUUAGUUAAUUAUAUCAUCUGUGUCGGCAAACUCGUUGUUGUCAAAAUGUCAUGAAAUCAUGCUACAGAGUAGCAGCCAAAGCCUCAGGGUAGUAGCGCCUGCUACAAGAUUGUACUGAUUGUCAGUGUCAGGCCAUCGAUGUCUGCCGAACUAGCUCUGUUGAUGCUUGCUCGAGCUCCCGGGCUUGUAGUGCACUGGAAUUUGCGUCUGUUUACCU